GCCGGGCUGCGGCCCGAGGCCAUCCGGCGCGUGGCGCUGCCGGACCGCGUGGUGGUUCGCGGGCUGGAGGGCGCCGGCGACGCGGCCCUCGCCGGACGCGUGCUGCAGGUGCAGCCUUUCGGUUUGGCGGCGUUGGCAGAGGUGCCGUCGCAGCUGCUGCUGGGUGAAGACCCCAUGCUGGGGUCCAGCCCGACCGACAGCAAGCCGCGCAUCAAGUACGAGUUCAGCGCCGAGGGGGCGGCGGCGGCGGGCGUCGCGAGCGCGGACGCGGCCACCACGGCCAGCGGCCUCCGCGUUGAGGGCAUCAAGGUGGAGCCCGGCACGCUCAGCUGCGGCGGUGGCGCCGGCGGCGGCGGCGCCGGCGGGGGCGGAGGCGGCGGGGGCGGCGCGGGACCGGGCAGCGCCAAGGUGAAGGCGGAGCCGGCAGAUCCCCCGGAGGAGUCCUACCUGCUCGACUGCGAGAACAUCCACAUCAAGACGGAGGUGGUGGACGAGGCGCUGACGGUGCGGCCCGCGCGUCGCGCGCUCUGCCUCGUGCUGCCGGCGCAGGACGUGUCCGCGCAGCCCUCCAACGCCUCCGCCGCCUACUCGCAGCCCUGCGACACCUUUCGCACGCACGAGGAGGUGCAGAUCGUGAUGACGGAGCUCAAGGAAGACAGCGACGAGGACGUGUUCCUCAGCAACGUGAGCGGGGCGCCGAGCGCGGGCGGCGUCGGCGGCGGCGGUGGCGGUGCAGGCGCGGGGGCGGGCGGCGCGGGAGCAGCAGGUCUGCGCGCCGAGCCGUCGCCCACGUGCUUCGCGUCGCGGCUGCGCGGCUCGGCGCUGCGCAAGGAGCUGGCGCGCUACACGCCGCCGCCCAUGUUGGACCCGCGGCGCAGGGGCACGGGCCUCUUCUGGACGCAACGCCGGCUGGACGGCCGC